CCCAGUGACAUGGAGGAUUAUAAGUGCAUCUUAACAUGCAGCAUCAUCUAAAACCUAACCUCACUUUUCUAGCAUCCACCAUUGGUAGUGUAGUGGUUCACAUAGAUGUCCUCAAGUCACAGGUUGUAACCUGGGGAAGCUGAAAGUGAGCCCAUUUCAUGGCAACGCAGCUCUCAGAUGAUGACGAUGAAGGGACGCCUACCUGUGUGCUUCUGUGUGCCGCAUCUUCCCUUGCGUCCUCUGUCUCGCCUUCUUGGCAUCUAUUUUGGAAACCUGAAGAUCAGAGAGAACUUUCCCACUGGGUUGGAAGGCUUUCCAUUUGAUCAGCACCCUUCCAUACCAUAGCAGAGGAAUGCCGUGCUGGAAACGUGUGUGAGGAGGGGGUCGUACAGCGGACGGAUGCGCAGGUUGUAUUUAUGUGAGGGAAAUGUCACCCCCUUCUUUGGGUGGCAAAGCCCCACCCACCCAACCACUGAUGGGUGGUGUGUACCUACCAUCACACAUAAUGGUCCACUAUUGGAGACUUAGCAUGAUGCUAAUUAAGCUGCUUGGUCUGAAAGGUGUUGUGCGCUUUGAGUGAGAGACCUCCUUGUAAAUGUCUGCUAGAGCUCGUACAACCUCUGUUUUUGCACUGUGGACGCCAUUUCUGGAUUUUCCAUCUGAAGUGUUUUGCUAACAAUGGUCAGUGGGAAGAUGCUGACGUCUCUGACGGACCUGUUCUGCUGGUUCUGAGUGGACACAGGUUGUAAGUAAACACACUUCUAGAAAGCCGCCCUGCAGGGAUGUACGUAUGUGCGUUAGCACUCCUGCAUACCGAGGCGACGAUAGGGCUCAUUUACCCUUUUGUCUUGGCUAAUGGGGCUUGGACUGCCAAAGCCAUCACAUCUAAGCAUAGCGAACGUUGUGAAAUACGCGGCUUGGAUGAAACUACACCAUUGGCAGAUUGAUGAAAUUACAUGACAUGGAAAACAAGAAUAGAACACUUUCCGUGGCGGUAAUGAGACCACCACACUACUUGGUUAUUACUGCCGUUUUCAGAGAAUCAGCGGCCUGGCAGUUAUGUGUCGUGUUAAAGUGUGUUGUGAUUUCCGGGUGUCUGUGAACGUGACACGAGUCCUGACUGCGGGCGCGGGAGAAGGAGAGUUGAGUUUGCUUCUGGCGUUUCAACCCCAGACUGUUGUUGCCGCACAGACGUGACCAUUUUGCUUUUGUAGCAGUUUGAUUUUAUUUUGUAUUUUCAUGUGGAGAAUCCGGUUGAAUGAAGUUACCAAAUACGGUUCUUCGCCCGUUAGUGGGGAAAACAAAAACAAAGAAAAAUGAAAACAUCAUCAUCAUAAUAAUAAUAUUGCUAGAUUGUACUUCAUGGCAACUCAUAAGGCAGUUAACACAGCAUAUUAAGUAGGCUCUGACUAAGGCUAACACAACGUACACCUGCAAGAAAACCUAAACAACAAACAAACAAAAAGAGUAGGUCAUAAAUAGGGUGUAUCCCUCCAAAGCGACAUCACUGACCUCGUUUAUAGCAGUUGGUGGGCUCCAGAGGUCUUCGAUAUAGCAGCCAAUGUUAAUGAAUGGAAUGUUUUUGUAGUUACAGCAUACAAAACCUGUAUAUGACUUCCUAAAUAAAUAUUUUUUAACAUGAUUAGACAUGAAAUAACAACCCUGUAGUCACCUUUACGUUCCAAUUAUUCAUUCUUUACAUCACAUUGCGCAGUUUAUUUGUUCUAAACUUAAGAAGUUAAAAACCUACCACUUUCACACGGAAUUUUUCACACGAACAUGUGGCACAUGCCAUGACUGAUUCAUGCAGUGUUAAGGUAAUGUCAAUGUUUUGUGUCAUUACUGCCGCCUAGUGACCAAAUACUACAUAGCACUUGUACUUCGAUAUGUUUGGACUAAUAAUAGACCAUAAUCUACCAGGAAACAGCCAUCAUUUAUUAACUACCGUAAUUCAUUUAUGAAAAAAUGCAAUUUGCGAUGGACGACUGUAUUCCCGAAUAUACCGAUUUAUUGUCAUUAUUCUUAGCAGUAGCAGGAGUAGUAGUAAUAUUAAUCCAGGGAGUGCUUCAUCUUCAUCAAGACUUGAAAUUGUUUUUCCCCCCUUCUGGGCACAUAAAGAGCAUAAUAGUAACAUGCAAGGCCGUAUUGAGCUUUUAUGUUUCUCCUCCCACACUUUCACCACAUGCUUCUAAACCCCCAGAGUGGGUUGGGAGGCCAUCGUGAUUCAUAGGGCCAAACGUUUUACCAGUGUUUAGUGUGUUACCCUCCGAGUCAGAAGAUCGAGGGUUCCAAUCCCCGUUUUGACAUCUUUGUUCGGAGUUUGCAUGUUUUCCCCAAGCACAAAACCAGUUGCAGCUUUCUUGUAUCUUCCUCCGACGUCAAAUUAAAACUGAUAUUUAAUACGUUUCUCACGCUAUUCCUCUUGUGUACUUAUAUAAGAUGAUGGCAAAUGAUUGUAUCGUUACUUUUACAAGUUACAUGCUUUGUCCGCACUGCGCCGAAGUGUAUUUGUGAGAGGCGGAACACUCCGGUACAGUAGGUGGCGGUAUGUACCUAAUCGUUGGUUGCGACCCGCUAUAAAUAAUAAUAAGAAGAAAAAGGAACCUUUUCGCCGUUAAGGCCGGACCUAAUAUGCAGUGGGACAAAGCGUCGACGUCGGGCAACAGAUGUAUCUGUGUGCUUCAAUCCUUCGCUUUGAAAUAACCAGACACUUUGUGAGUUUAGCGACACGUUUGAUUGCAACUUUGAUAGCUAGCUUCAACCAUUAGAUAGUCGCAGCUAUCACAUAUUUGACAUAUUUUUUAACCAUUAAAACUUAACACAACUGUGGCGCUACAGGGAGACGGUAAAGUAGAUUUCUUGCGACUGGACUCCGAGCGUCUGACUCUUGUUCAAAAGUGAAAAUGAAUACAGGUGUGCAACUUCCGGUUUCCGCUUUGCGCCUGCUGGUGUCACCAAUUCAGCUUGUGUCGGCAGCAAUCUGGCAGACCGUCCAGCAAAGAGUUGUGGCAGAUUAUGGGAUGCUGGAGGAUUUUGUUUCUAUGGUGACAGACAUUGUCCCAGAGCUGCUCGCCAGCUCCCAGAGGGCCCAACUCAUCCUGGGCCUACGAGCGCGGGCUGUCUUGGAGUUAUGUCAGUGCGAACCAACAGCCAAUUUCAACAUCAUGCAGCAACACCUGGAGAGGAUGAACAUCCUCAUCAAGAUGUAUGCUACGGACGAGGAUGACGAUCCGUGCUCAGAAUUUGUCGAUUUUGUCAGACACUUGCUGCACAGUCCUGCUGAGAGGGAACACUUCUUUGUGAAUGUUUUUCCAGAAGAGUUUGGCCCUUCAUAUGACAAAGCCCUUGACGCCCUGAUGGAGAUCUUUCUGUCCAGGCUUGAGGCUUUUCUUCCUUGGCGAACGUUCCAACAGGUGGCGUCCACGUGUGAUGAGGUGUCCUCUGCUCUGGUAAGCAGUAUGGAGUCCAUGCGGCACUGCGAGGAGCUCAGGACCCUGCUGCACAAUCACAGGGAACACAGCCAGCUCGGAAACAACGAUGAUUCCGUGGAUGGCACCCGCAUCCUGUCGGCUCUCAAGCGUGCCGCAGUGAAAGAACACGGCCUCCAGGGUGAGCGUCCAAGCGCACUUUCUCCGCACGGGGAAUCGGAAACAGUCACAGGGGAUCGCAUCAAGACAGAGAUCGACGAGGCUGAUUGGGUAGAAAUCGCAGAUUGGGAGGAAAAUGCAAAAAGUCAAUUAAGUAAUGUUUCUUCUCCUCCGAUGGGCGACCACGUUCAAGUGGAAAAACGCGAUCAGUCACUGCCGUCGCGAUCUGUGCGAGCAAACCGAGGCUUAAAGAUGAAAAUGAUUUUGUUGGAAGAGAAGAAAGGACUCAACGAGGACGAAGAUCUCCCCGUGAAAGUGUCCGUGACGAGUCCUUCCCAUCACUCUGACAAUGAAGACUUAUGCGACAGAAGCAACGCUUCCUCCUGGUCUUUCUACUCUGAUGAGGACUCUGACGGCGGUCCUCAUUCGUGGUCCGAGUACUCGAGCGACCACUCUAGCGACACGGCCCCUGUGGGCAGCUCCCCUGUGGAGGGGCUCGCUUCCCUCACAAAUGAAGACCGAGGAUUGGCAGAAGUCGCUCCUCAAAAAAGCUCCCGUCACGUCCAGUGUUUCAUCUGCAACGAGCGAGUCCAAACAAACCUGAAAACUCACUUGAGAACCCACUUCCCUGACGGUCAGUACACCUGCCCGCGCUGCGACAGCCGCUUCAAGCUUUUCACCUCGCUCAAGCUGCAUUUGAAGAGAAUUUGCUCCGACCACUUUCGGCAGCAAGCGGGCGCGGGUCCGGCACCGGGCCAGGAUCGCUACAAAUGCGACCAGUGCGAGGAGGCGUUCAAGUACAAACUGUCCCUGGAAGCGCACCAGCGGACCCACAACGAGCUCUACUGCAGCGUGUGCAGGAAGGUGUUGAAGGACGCCGCCAUGUUGGAAAGGCACAAGUCUUCCCACCCUGGCUUUCAGUGCACUCGCUGUGAGGAGACCUUCACUCUUUUUAAGCCCCUGAUCAGACACUUUGAAGACCUCCACAAGAUCAGCAGGCCCUUUGAUUGCGACCACUGCCCCAAAACCUUCCCCAGCAUUCGCUUGUUGAUCAGACACGAGUGGAAGCACACGGGCAGUCUGCCCUUCCGGUGCGCGCUUUGCGGCCUGCGAUUCAGAAACGACGCUGAUCUCGUUUCGCAUCAACGGGUUCACACCAAGGAGAAGCCCUACCUCUGCGCCGAGUGCGGGAAAACCUUCUCCCAGAGGUCCAAUCUGCUGCGCCACCUGCAUUUUAUCCACAGCGAGUCGAAAAACGAGAAGAAACACUUCUGCACCGAGUGCCAGGCGUCCUUCAAAGAGAAAGGUUCGCUGAGGCUGCACCAGAGGCGGAAGCACCACAAACAACUCUUCCGCCAUCCGUGCCCAGACUGCGGCAAGACCUUCUCUGCGUCGUCCAUCAACAGACACAAGCUGAUUCACACGGGAGAGAGACCUUUCAAAUGCACCGUCCCCGACUGCGACAAGUCCUUCCUGUCUACGGCGGAGGUGAAGAAGCACGUGCUCAUGUUCCACUCCACCGAAAGACCGUUCAAAUGUGACGUCUGCCCAAAGGCCUUUGUCACUGUCGGCUUACUGAACAUGCACGCCAAGAUACACUUGGGCAAGAAGCCGUUUGUUUGCGACAUUUGCCUCAAGGCUUUCCCAAGGCGCCACAGCAUGAACCGCCACAAAAAACUUGUGCAUUCAAUUGCAAGCUAGGUUGUACAAACACGUCACCGCUUUUAAGAUUGGGUUUCAAUGUUGGUUCAACCUUAGAGGAAAACUGCACCUUUUUUGGAAUUUUGCCCAUCAUCCACAAUCCUUACGUGGCACACGAACACACACGUCUUUCUCUUUUCUGUGCCUUCUAAAGAUAUAAAAAGAGGCAGCUCAGACUGCACGUAAUGGGAUGCAACUAUUCUGCCUAUAAAGCCUUUUGAAAAAACUUCCAACAACACUCCCAUUUCCAUAAUGUGACCUGCAUAUUAACCAAGCUACAGUGACCGUUAACAUUCUUACACCGGAGAACUACUUCACUUGCGUAGUGACACCUCACCCCACCACAGGGACGAGCAACUAGCCGGCUAGCGACUAGCUUCACCGCACACUCGCUCACAACGCCUCACCAGCCAAAGGUAACGCUACAUAUGGAGCUGCCGCCACUGCUGCUGUGCUUGUUUUGGCGCUAGGUGUAGCGUAUGUUGCUAUGUGAAAUCAGUGCACCCAGGCAGGAGGUUCCAUAAUACUGUAAGUAUUACAUGUUAUCGUGAAUGUUCCUGUUACUACAUGCUCACAGCAUGGAUAGAAAACCCUAAAACCUUGUUGGAGGUGUUUUAAUAGCAGGCUCUCUUGGCGGAGUAGUUGUGUCCCGUUACGUGCAUCAAUUAGCUGCCUCUUUUUAGCUGUUUUUAAAUCUUUAGAACAAACAGAAAAGAGAAAGGCAUGUGUGUUCCAAAGAAAGUGCAGUUUUCCUUGUAAGGAUAUGGUGUACAUCAAGGGUCUCCACCUCAACUCAUCUGCGGGGGGGGGGGGGCGGCGCAUCAAGUCCUCAGUCCAGAGGUCAUUGCUCAACAUAACUGUCUGACUCUGAUAAGAAAUAACAAUAUAAGCAUCACACACACACAUGAAAACUACUACUAGUAAAUAGUUAAUAAAUAUUUAACUCUAAACAUGUAACUUUUAGCAACUUUUUACAAAACAAGUGCCACAAAGCAUGCUGGGAAACCAGAGUGAUGCCAGCUUCCAGCAUGAUUGUGCAGCAUUUGCUUUGUGCCUGAUUUUAGCUGUUAGAGAAAUGCAUUCUUGGCACUGCAGCUCAUUUGCUGUUUGGUGCCGGCAAUAUGAGACUGUUCUUCUGUCUGCGCUUUUCAUGCCAAGUCGGAAGAUUUCAUGUUGGAUUUCGAUUGGUGUUUGUUUUACUUCCUUAAUAAAAACGACAAGUCUUGGAAAGACAUUCUUGCAAGUGCGUUCAUGCAUCAUCGUGCACGUUGUAGUACAUAGUGUUUUUUAGUUUU